AUGGUGCUCUUGAAAUCCCCGUGCCGGAUCGCACUCUUCAGGGAGCGCGUCGAGCUACCACUGCCUCCAAAGCCGGUUCUGACACGGUGGGGCUCUUGGAUUAAGACAGCGGAGUACUACGCCGAGAAUUUCGAAAUCUUGAGGAACUUCGUGCUUGAAGAUUUGGAUGAGAAAGAUGCGGGGUCAAUCAAGGAAGCAAAGAAUCUCUUUCUUGACGAAACGAUCCGAGCCAAUCUUGUCGCGAUCGCCUCGAAUCUUUCCGACAUACCCCACUGCAUAACUGCGCUUGAGGAGUACGGACUUUCUUUAGAGAGGUCCACGCAUAUCGUGGAGAAUUUACGGAGAAAAAUGGAACUGCUCCCCGCGGAUCUUCGAGCGAUUUCUCGGAAGUUCGAGAAUGUUAUCGAUGGGAAUACCGGCUUUGUUGAGCUGUGCCGAAUACGGGAUGUCAUGCGAGGUGAGGUUGUAGACGAUCUGGCAAACAUUCCCGUCGAAGACCUCCUCGUCCUCAAAUUCGCUCCCAUUGUGUCUUGUGAAGUAGAGCGAACGUUUUCUAGGUACAAAAACAUCUUCCGCGACAACCGACACCGGUUUCUCUUCGAAAAUCUUAAAAAAUUCGUUAUCGUCGCGUGUAACCAAACUCAGUGA